AUGGCGUGCUGGGGAAGAGCAUUUGGGGAUUGCACAAGACUUAUUAUGGGAUGUUUAGGCGAAGGACAAAAGGUGGGGAAAGGAAGAGAUCAAGGGGUUUUGGAGAAGGACCACUAUGGGGCCCAGGACAAGGGGAUGAGCGGGGCUGGCGACGCGCACACCGGUUUCUCGCCAUUUCAACGGCACGCGGGUGAGCAGGAGGAGGAUGCUGACCUUUGGAUCGGAUACUCGGCCUUUCAUUUGGGUGACUACAAGAGAGCGCUGGAGGAAUAUGAGGCCUUAACCAAACAACCAGCUUGCAAUCCAGAUGUCUGGGUGAACCUUGCCUGUACGUACUUCUUUCUGGGAAUGUAUACACAAGCUGAACAAGCAGCUUUGAAAGCACCUAAGAGUCGUCUCCAGAACCGUUUACUCUUUCACCUGGCACAAAAGUUCAGUGAUGAGAAGAAUCUGAUGAGCUGUCACCAGAAUCUGCAAGACAUUACAGAAGAUCAGCUUAGCUUGGCAUCUAUCCACUACAUGCGGUCCCACUACCAAGAAGCUAUUGAUAUCUACAGACGUAUUCUUCUUGCUAAUCGGGAAUACCUGGCUCUGAACGUAUAUGUGGCCCUAUGCUAUUACAAACUGGAUUACUACGAUGUAUCACAAGAAGUGCUAGCUGUUUAUCUUCAGCAAGUUCCUGACAGCACCAUUGCUCUUAACCUUAAGGCUUGUAACCAUUUCCGACUUUUCAAUGGGAAGGCUGCUGAGGCAGAGCUCAAGAACUUGACAGACAGUGCCUCAUCAUCUUUUGAGUUUGGCAAGGAGCUCAUUAAGCACAAUCUGGUGGUGUUCCGAGGAGGAGAAGGGGCUUUGCAGGUCCUGCCUCCUCUGGUUGAUGUUAUUCCUGAGGCAAGACUGAAUCUUGUGAUUUACUAUCUCCGGCAAGAUGAUGUUCAAGAAGCUUAUAACCUGAUUAAGGACCUGGAACCUACAGCUCCACAGGAGUACAUCCUCAAAGGAGUAGUAAAUGCAGCACUUGGACAAGAAAUGGGCUCGAGAGAUCAUCUGAAAAUUGCUCAGCGGUUCUUCCAGUUGGUGGGUGAAUCAGCCAGUGAAUGUGAUACCAUUCCAGGGAGACAGUGCAUGUCCUCCUGCUUCUUUCUUCUUAGACAGUUUGAUAAUGUCCUGAUUUACCUCAACUCAGUCAAGAGUUACUUCUACAACGAUGACACUUUUAACUUCAACUAUGCCCAAGCCAAAGCUGCCAUGGGCAAUUUUAGUGAGGCUGAAGAGGUGUUCCUUUUGAUCCAGAGUGAGAAGAUAAAGAAUGAUUUUGUUUACCUUAGCUGGCUAGCUCGCUGCUAUAUUAUGAAUAAGAAACCACAGUUGGCCUGGAAGCUCUAUCUGAAGAUGGAGACCUCAGGGGAGUCCUUUAACCUUUUGCAGCUCAUCGCAAAUGAUUGCUACAAAAUGCGUCAGUUUUACUAUUCAGCCAAAGCGUUUGAUGUUCUGGAGAGACUGGACAGCAAUCCGGAAUACUGGGAAGGCAAGAGAGGUGCUUGUGUGGGUGUCUUUCAAAUGAUCUUAGCUGGCCGAGAAGCAAAAGAGACCCUACGGGAAGUACUGCAUCUUCUGAAAAGCACUGGUAAUUCUCAAGUAGAAUACAUUGUCCGCAUCAUGAAAAAAUGGGCCAAGGAGAACAGAGCCCCUGUUUAAGUCAGCGCCACAAAAUGAACCCGGUCAGUUACAGUUGUGUGUGUGGCUGUAGGGUGUGGGUCUUGGUUUCUCCUGUGCAUUUGGGCUACCUCCCUCCUUGCAGGACUUUAGACGAUAAAGUAGGUUGACCCAGCUGAGCAACAGCUUAGUGCAGUGAGAUUGCAAAA